UAUGCAUCAGCAGGUUUGCAGACCCGAUGGCAACCAAUGGGGAAAGACUGUCCUCGCGAUGAAAAUAGAUUUGUACAUGGGACGCAGUAUCAUAGGCAUGGGAAUAUAUCAUAUCAAAGGAGCGUGUGUCCGGCUAACCCCCACCACAUCCGUUCGGCAGGUCCAAAGCUCUCUCCCACACUACACGACCACACUGGCAGAGUGUAGCAGAAAUUCACGAUGGGGUGGAAUCCGUCACACGAGUUGAUUGUCUUUCUCGUCAUCUGCGGAUGUGUGGUGUUUGUCUUCAUAGGAUACGCCUUGGCUCGACUGUACGGCGGCGACAGCUUCGACGGGCCUGGGUUGCCGGGGAUGACCCCGGAGCAGGCCUCAUACAUGCGAGAGGUCCGACUGCGGAACCGGGAGGAUAUGUUCCAUGCUCUGCAGGGCAUGGAGAAGGGCCAUCGGGGGAUGGGGGUAAGGGACGUCUAGAACUUUCCAAGAUAGAACGAGACCUUGUCUUGUCGCAUCGAACACGAUAUCGCCGGACGAUUACGAACAUUACGAGCACGAAUUAUACCGAGGUCCUCUAUUUGCUUCAUAUGAGAUGAAACGAUUACUUGAGUUACAAUGACGGAUUGGAAUUGAAGAUGUGGAGACAGAGUCGGUUCACAACGCACAUUCUCGUUGGGUCUGGUUUAUAUUGGCGUCUAUGGAUAUGUACGGAACAAAGUGGCAUUGAUCAAACGUUGCACGCAGCCAGGGAUUGGUUUCAGAUACCUCAAAUCUACACAGAUGGUUCCUCGCUCACGGCUUCCAUUGUUGUUGACAUGGCGAAUAAUAAAUUGAGAGACCGAGCUAAGCAACAGAUAUAGA